AUGAAUUUUCAAAACACAAGCCAAAAACCAAACACCCGAACAACCACACCUCUCCUAUUGAUUCUCCUCCGAUCGAAAAUUGUUAUGGUAUUUCUAUUAGUGGUCGCAUGGAGUAUUUCUUACGAAUUAAUUUCACACACGACACUGUCGACGUAUUCAUCCACAUUUACAUUUCCAUCUUCAUCAGAUUCAUCUAUUGUUUUUCCAAUUUCAUUCUUUGAUGUCAAUGUUCAUAGUUACCUCUACAAGGAUUAUGUGAAUACACUGUGUGGAGUUUAUUUAUCUAGUUAUUUUAAUACUCAACAAGUGGAUUAUUUUGAUGAAAAUACACAAGUAGUACCUCCAACAUUUAUUGGUACCCAAUUAUUGACAAUUAUUUAUGGUCAUUGGAGCAAAUACAUUAUUUUGGAUCGAUUUCUGUCGACUAGUGUUUCGGAUUACAUUCGUGAAGAUGAUUUUGUGUUUUUUAGUGAUGGUUUGGAUGUGAUGGUUAACGGGGAUUUGCAACAAAUCAAACAAAUUUAUUUUGAAUACUUGAAAGAUGAAAAUUUUGACAUUACAAACAAGAAUCAAGAUUGGCCAUUGUUAGUUAAUUCUGAAAAGAACAAGUGGCCUCCAUUAGAAUUAUUUAAAGGAAUUAAGAAUAUCAAUGAACAAUGGUUGCGAUUGCAUUAUGUUCAAAAUUAUCCUCAAAACAAAAAAUAUUGUCCACCAAAUUCUCCCUUUAUUUACCUUAAUUCAGGAAUGUAUUUUGGAAGAAAGCGUGAUGUGAAAUCCUAUCUCAAAAAAUCUUUUGAAAUGGUUGAAGAUCCCUCGAACAUAUUCAACGAUGAUCAAGCCACCCUUCAAACCAUGCACGUUUCAAGAUUUGCAAACAAUCAAUCAACAACGCAUUAUCCAAUUAUUGGAGAUUGCAAAGCAGCAAUGGGAUUACCUACAUAUUUGGCAUGUGAUCAUAUUAAUGUGGGUCCAAAUUUUCACGAUCCACAAUCAACAUGUAAGGUCAGUAAUAAUUUGGAGCCAAAGAAAACACCUCUCGUGGUUCAUAGCAAUGGACCUAAAUGUGGAAAUUUUUGUCCAUGUGUACAUCAAGUGACUCGACAUGGAAGAUUGCGAAAUUAUUUGGAAAAGGAAAUGAAAUUACAAAGAGUGGCCUCGUUAGAUGGUUUGAAAAAUCUUCCAAAAUUGAGAGUAUUAUUUUAUCACUCUACUUUUGAUAAGAUUAAGAUUUUAGAGUUGACACGUUUCUGUAGUGCCAAGUCCUUGUUUGAGAUUUCUCCAUAUAAAUGCAUGUUAAAAUAG